AUGCGGCGGAGGACAUCGCGCACGCGGUGUUGGGCCCCCAUGCACGUCGUCGACGAUCCCAUCGGCGGGGACGACGUGAUCAGCGGCGUCGUGGACGAACGGCCGCUCGCCUUCGCCAACAUGCCGGCCCGGGAGCUCGCCCACCUGCUGCAGGGGUGGUGCACGCAGCUGGGGAACGACAGCACGACGGCACCCGCCUGCGGGGACGAGCUGAUCGCGCAGUGGGAGAUCGCCCUCCGCAACAACCUCGGCCUGCGCGAGGAGCUUCCCUGGCGGCUGUGCGAGCUCGAGAUCGCCGAGGUCGCGGCCACCUAG